UCCACCUGCCUCGGCCUCCCAGAGUGCUAGGAUUACAGGCGUGAGCCACUGCACCCAGCUGGAACAAAAUUUGUUUGAAAGUUGGGUGUUUGGUACCUCUAGUUUGUCAAAUGACUUUCAGCCAGUGAAGUGAAGAGUUCUGGGAAAGUGUAAGCACAGAGAAUUAGGACCCUCCUCACCCUUCAUUUUAAACAGGCAAUAGAUUUAAGUCCCUUUUGCCUUCCAUUCUUUUAAUAAGAUAUAACAAUAGUAAUAAUAGGCUAAGCUAUGAUCCUGUGGCAUGGCCAAUAAAUAUCAAAGGACACAGCUACAAUGAAUGUGUGGAUUCCAGUGUCUAUGUUUCCAUGAGUUGUGUCAGAACAAGCAAUGGGUAAGAAACUAUUUCUGAACAAGAGCAUCUGAUGGCACAGAGAGUAUGCAUGUAUGACAGAAAUGCUUGUGUUUCCUAAACAGUUGGGCUAGGCCCUCAGCCAAUCCACUGAUGAGUCCAGACCCAGCCAUUCUCCAGAGCCCUAUCUCCCUGGGCUUUGUUUCAUGGUGAAUUUUCUGGUUGGGUUCUCUUCCCCUCCCCUUCUCCUCCUGCUCUCUUGCCUUCUUUGAGUUAAGGGGCAGGAGUUCUGAUGGACUGUGCCACAUGAACCUCUAAGCCUUCCUCUGGGGGGGGGGGAGGAAGGUUUUAAGAGAGCAAGAGUGGGAGGGAUAACCCAAUCUGACCUGGGCUUUGUCAACUUCCCCCCUGCUUGUUUGUCUUUUAGGUGGGGCUGGUUUGGGGACAAUGCCACAGGCCAGGUGGGAAGGAUUAGGAUGAAAAGCCAAAAAUAGGGCAGCUCAGAAACCAUUGAGCCCCUACUUCCCAUGUUACCUUUAACCAUACUGCUCCAUUUUUCCCUCUUUUAUGAUUAGAGUUAAAGCGCACACUCAUUUUUCCCUAGUGGAUGGUGUGGUAGCCCUGUCUGAGACCAACUCUCAGUGUGGACUUCUCACACUGGGCUUAGCAGAUCCCAUGAAGAGUAAGGAAAGAAAGAAAGGGGGAGAUUGGCUCUGUCCAUGCAGGCACUAGAAAGAGAUUUUAUCAGAAUGCCUCAACCCGUUCUAACAUACUAGUAAACUUUCUCUGUGUCUUUGACUAUCCCUGUCUAUAACUGCUUUGGGCUGAGUUUUUGAGAGGGGAAAAUGCUGAAACAUCCUUACUUGGGGAUUUAAUUCUGUCUAUUUUUUGCUGGAGAGACAAACACCACCACCCUUUUUGGUGGGCCUAGGGCCUCUGAAUCCCUUUGAGGUAGAGAAGAAAGAAAAUCUGGAAUCAGGAGGCCAAGCCAGGGCUUUUGGGGUUAGGGAUUCCAUUUAAGGAGAAGACUAGGCCAUUAGAGGGCCAAGAAAGCUAUAUCCCUUCCCCCCACCUCCCGCUUUUAUUGGGACCUUGUAACCUACAGUGGUGUGUCUGUUCUGAUAAUAUCUCCUCCGGCUGUUUUGAUGGGACCAGACAGGGUCUGGGCUGAGGAAUUGGGAUGAUACAGAUCUGUUUAUCUUUGAGCCCUACAGAACCCUUGAAUUCAUCUCCCUUUAUCAUUCCUAAGGCUCACUGAGGGGCAAAAGGGGAACAGAGAUACCCAGGAGGAAGCAGAGAGUGUAAGAGAGAGAGAGUGUGUGUGUGUGUGUGUAUGUAUGUAUGUGUGUACACUUGCUCAAUGUAGGACUUGAGAAAGUUGGAUUAGGUUAUUCAGGACCUUGUUCAGCCUCUGAUGACCACACCUUAGAAGCUAUGGCAAGAGACUGAAUAGAAGACUCUGGGCAUGCUAGGGAGCUGGUGCAGGGAGAAGGCUACUUCUCUAAACCUGCACACAUGUACAAAGUUCCACCAUGAUCUGCAACCCUAUAUGGGCUAAGUGGCAUGUGUGGGCUGAGUUACCUUUGAUCAUUUCAGCACUGCACAACAGGUCUCAGGGAGGUAGAACAGGCUUGUUUUGCUUUCUAAAGAUCCUCAUUUCCUCCAGCCCCUGGCCCUGAACACCAGAGUACCUGAACACACAGAAAUAUCUGUACGUGCCCAAGGGUGGUAUGAUAGAGGUCAGAAGCCUGGACUGGACACAGUAAGCCAGCCUGGAACCAACUCCCACACUUUCCUGCCCACCCCAUUCUUUCUGUCAGCCAAGCUUAGAAACCAUUCAUCCUCCCCUCCCCACCACACCUUCACCUCUGCAGCCAUGGAAACCAUUGAAUUUCCUUCCUUUUGCCUCCCUGGAAAACCCAAACCCUGGAGCAGCCUCCAUGGAUGGUGGCAGCAGGCUCUUGGUGACCUUUAGUGUCCUGUUGGCCCAGAUUGAGCUGUGGCAGUUUGGAGGACCAUAGGGGAACUAGGAAGCCAGAACCUUACCUGAUCUAAUCCUCCUUCCCUGCUGUUCCAAGCUCAAACUACAAACCCGUGAGGGUUGCUUAUUUACUCAGACAUUGGACAAAAUCUUAUCUAGUAAAUACUUCCUUAAAAUAGUUCCUUAAAACAUCAACUUUCUGGCUGGAAAACCCAGGGUGUGUGUGUGUGUGUGUGUGUGUGUGUGUGUGUCUACACAAAGGGAGUAAGGGUCAGGUCCCUCUUUUACAUUGUGUCUCUCCCCUUUCCCUGGGUGGAGGAUAGCAGCCUGGGCUGAGGUUUUAUUGAGGAUGUUUUCCUGUUGGGAGUAGAGAUGGGUCAUAAACACCUAGAGGAGGCUGUUUUGAUCUGGUGACUCCUCAGGAAGUAGCAUCUGAGGUUUUGCUUUGUAAAUUGCUCUCCCCCCAAGCCAGCCAGCUACACUGGAUUGCACUUCCCCAAGCCCACCCGAGGCCCCCUCCUUGCAUCCCUUCCUCAGUAAACUAAAGCAGAAAAAUAAAAGGAUUUCUAGAGCCUCCUAAAUUGUCUGCCUCCAGUUUUAAGGGGGGGGGGGGAGCUAGUUGAUGAUUUUCCCUCCUCAAUGUCUUCCCCUAAAGAAAUUGUACAACCUUUCAUUUCCUUUUGCCCAUGCAGACCCUGGUCCCCCAACCCCUCAGUCACAAAGGAACUAACAUUGAAGGCUAAUAGUUUCUGAACCUGGCUAUAAAUACCAUGACUUCUAGGGCUUCUCCUCUCUUCUGGGGCUCAUGUCUCCCUGUCACCCUUUCCUAAGCUCCAAAGCCCUUUUAGACAAGGUGGGACUUCAGAGAGCCACGAAAGAGAGGGGAUGGGAGUGAGGCAUAUAGAGACUCCAUCUAGUACCCUGUGAAUGGAGGAAACUCUCUGUACUCUGUGACUGGGUUUUAUGUGGUUAAGAUGGGUACAGGAACAUAUGAAUGAAAGCCUGCAGGCUUCUCACAUCUCUCUCUACCAAGGUGUCUCCAAAGGAAAUAAUAUUUUACAUAAAUAUUUCCAUUUUCUAAUGAUAAUGGCCUUCCUGUGCUAAAGACCCCAUCCCUACCACAGCUUCCUCCCUUUGGGAUCUUAGCUUUAGGCUAUGGUGCUGAAGAAAAAAGAAUUGAGGAGCCUUCUACCUCAGCCUGAGUUCAGGCUAGGACAAGAGAGAACACUCUCAGGCCCAGGCAUCAGGGCUCAUAGCCAUUGCUAGUGAAAUGCCAUUAUCUGCUGGAAAUGAGGCCAUAGAUUAUAUCAGUUCCUGGGUCUUCUUAGUAUACUUCCAAAGGUUCUAGUUUGCCCUCAUCCAUUUCCCAGAGAAAUCUGGUCUGGGACACCCCAAAUUCACAAGCACUAGAGAAUCCUCCCCAUUCCUAAGACUCUAUGCAAACACUUUUUAUAGAGUGUUGAGCACUCCUAUAGUUGUAUAUGUGAACAUGUAUUUAUAGAUCAUUCUAUGUCUAUAUCAGGAUGUAUGAUUUACACUCCUCUCUGCUCCACAUUUAAAUGCAGAUUUAUAGAUCUUUAGAUUUAUAGAUCCAUAGUGAACAUAACAGUCCUCUGUCAAAUUUCUGUGUGCACAUUACCAAUCUUUAUAUAGUGGUUGGAUAUAUAUGCUAGGAUGUAUUAGUACAGUUCUCUCUAAAUACCUAAGUGAAUAUUUGGGAAUUUUUUUCUUGGUUGGAAAGAACUAUGUGUGUUGCUCCAUCUCUAUUUUGAAACUUUUAUCUAGAUUUAUUCAAGGAUCCUAACCCAUAAAAUAGCUGCAUAUUGAAGCUACAUAUUUGGAGAUCUUUAUAGUCUAUGUAGUUUUGCUACAAACUUAAAUAUUUGAAGAUAUGUUUAGAGAGGCUUCCAUAACACAUAUAUCUAGGUGUAGGGGCAUAGAUCUCCCUCUAGAAGGACUUAAACUUACUGCAUCUCUCUGUCUCCCGUUCUCUGUCUGUCUCUGUGAUCUAUAAAGAUAUUAAGUGAGUGGGGCUGGGGAACAAAUAUCUUUCAGAUGUUGGACUUAUUAACGCAAGCAAUUCUGUCACUCUCUCCAAGGUUAUCUCUAAGUCUAGUCCAACAGAGUUAUCUGCCCCCUGAAAGCCCACUCUAGGGAUCACAGCCUCCCUCUAGGCUGUCUCUAUGACCUGAGAUCCCAGGCCAGGCUUCCCUACCUGUAGGACUCCCAAGACAGCCACUAAAGGGAUAGGGGGAGAGAAGAAAGGAUAGGGUCCUCCAGCCCAAUUCCUCUUGGCUCCAGGUGUGAGAGGCUGACAGAGGCUUGUAGGUGUCCCUGCCAUCCCCAAACUGGGUCUUUGAAAUGUGGAGAAAAGCGUGUUCAAGUCCCCAGCUAUUUUUGUAGGGGACCCAAAUUGAUGCCAGGGUCACUGCACAACCCUUAAGUUCCCCCUCUCCAGUUGCUCUGGGUGCCCAGGGCCUAAUUAAGCAGACGCCUCGCUCCCAGCAGCCCCGCUCUUAUCGGCUGGGAUUGAUGCCUUGGCGGCUCCUGUAUAUCAUUUCCAAGAUUUUUUCUGUCCAACUCCUCGGCUCCUUUGGCUUCCGCGGCUUUGACUAAUGAUUGCUACAGAUGCCAACGUCUCCAGAAUCCUAAUAGCCAGGCAGGCGGACUCUUAUUUACCCGGCAACAUUGCUGUGGGGGAAGGGGGUUGAGGGGGGACAAGAAUUGGGGUGUUGUAGGUCCGGAGAUAGAAGGUUGUGACCAUCUCAAGUUUCGCAGAACUUCUUCCCCAGUGACGACGACGUUCCCAAUCCCCUCCUCUCUCUGAAAGAAAAAAAAUAUAUAAUAAUAAAAUACUGCUAAUAGUAACUCAUUGCUGCCUCUUUAGAAAGGAUUAAAGAAUGAACAGGACGUGGGAGAAUAAGCAGAGCAGUGUUUAUUUAUUGUAAAUAAAUAAAAAUGUAAGCGAAAAACUAGCGGUUUAGGGAGGAAAAAGAGAAAGAGGUCAGCCACAGUGGGAGAAGCUUUUCCUUGUUUCUUGUCUUUCUCUUUUCUCUCCACCCUAAACCUACUCUUCUCAUAAACUUCCUCCGCUCUCUCCCCUCACCUUCAAUCCCUCGGGUGGGGGAGGGCUGACCAGCGUGCUCCUGGACGUAGGUGACCGCAGCCACCCCACGGCUGCUGCCCGCUGCCCGCUGGCGCUGCCAGGGUGAGGGGUCUCUGUCUGGGGCUGCGGAGCGAAAAUCAGCUCCAACCGCCCACUGCGGGGUAGGGGUCGUGGCAGGGACCUGCAGCCCUGUGGUCCCACUCGCGCUUAGCAGCGUAAAGUUGAGGCCGAAUUCGCUUCUCCUGGCGCUUUUCGCCAGCCGGCGCAGGGCCCAGGUGUUUGGGGGAAGGGGCUGCAGUUCCCCGCGAGCCGGUAGCCAGGCGUCGUGCUUCCUCCGUCUGCGUCCAGCCCUCCUACUACACAUCUCAUUCGGGUGAAGAGAAAAACACAGGAACGCGGAGAGCCCAGCACCGAGGCCAGGCAGGAAGUGAUAACCCAAACAGGGAACAUUUUUUCUAUGAGAGAAUAAUGGAGCACAAAAUAAUUCAGAAAAGCGAAUGGGCAGGACCAAGUAGGAGAGCCCCGCGCCGUGGGGCUGCCGCAGACCUGGCCGCGCCGAGCGCCGCGGGAGGACCAUUUCGUUGGAGUGUAGGGCGAGGCAGCAGCCCGGGACCCGGACCAAGGCCGCGCGGUGCGCAUCGGCUGCCCGAAGGGCAGUCUCUAAAUUACAGCCGGUCAGGAGGACUCGGAAAUACAAAAAGGAAGCCGAAAGAUUUAAACAGUCGGAGGCAGAGGCGUCCUGAGGCGGCCAAAGCGAAAAUCAAUCACGUAAUUAAAACAGGGAGGGGGCGAGGUCCCGGGUUCGGAGGAGGUGGCCAAGGUGCGGGCCAGGAGGGCGAGGGUUUGGGAAUGUGGCUCGCCCACCGCGACUAGGGCGCGCGGAGGGCCGCGGGGAAGUUUACAACAGAUCGCUAUUGAUUCCCGCUUGGCUGGGAAGAGCAGACUGUGUGCCCUCUCCCAGGCCCGAUUCUGAAGCCUACGAUGGCCCUUUCUCCGGCUUCCCCAUUUUUAUGGGGCUGAGGACGCGCAGUAGCAGUUGAAGGCUGUUCCCCAGAUCCCAGUGGUGCCACGAAUUUGCCGAGGCAAGUUUGUCUGAGAACCCAGGUGGCAUCAAGAUGCUGCCUGGGGUUUGAGGGGAUGGCGGGAGGUGGCACCCCAGUUUCAGGCACUUAUGUAUUUCCCUUGGCCUUGAUUCCCCCAACCUAGGAUUCAAAACUUGCCUUUGGAAUGACUCCAAUCUAUGGGCCGAGGCUUAGAAGGGAUGUGCGAGUGGAGUCGGGUGAGCUUGUUAAAGGGGAACUUGGGGCUGAGCAAACUGGACCCCUUUGGGCCGGAAAGGAGAAGAAACAGUUCAUGGAAAAAAGAAAAAUAAGGCACAUAGGGAGCUGUGUUUUGUAAGGGGAAGAUGUUUUGUUAUUAGCCAGGUUAAUAAUGGUAAUGAUCUGGUAUGGCUGGGUCAGCCCGAGCAGAUGGGCGCUCUACAAAGUCCUUUCUCACAGUGGCUUCUCUGGAGGAAUUAAGGGUUUCCCAACUUGGCUGUGAUUGGGGAGAAUAAAAUAAAGACCUUCACUCCCUUCCUCUGUCCUUUCCUCUCCCACUCCUUGAGAACUCCAGUAAAAGGGAAUCCUUAUAAAAUCCCUAUCACUGGCUAUGGUUUUCCUGUGCUCUCUCCAGUUCACUAAAUGCGUGGUCUUCAGGCAUUGAGCUUUCGCGGAGCACCUUCCUUGUGCAGAAUUCCACAAGCAGUUACUGGCCAAGUCCCCAUGAAUUCUGAAUCUGACUCUGGAGGGGACCCAGGAUUCCCUUGCCUGCUCCAUGGAAUUCUCUCUCUAUCCUUAGCCUUUUCCAGUCUCUGCCUUCCUUGGUCUUGGGUGUCUAGUCCCGCCGGUCUCUGGCAGAGGCCAAGAACAAAUUUGGGCACCUUGAGAUGCCCUCAUCGGCUCCCAAAAGGGUUUCCAACUUCCUAUUGACUUCUUAAUUCUGAGAGAAACAAGCCAGGAGUCUUCUAUAAACUAACCUAAGGCCAGCCUAAUUUUCUAGAUCUUUUCAAACCACCUUUAGUCUCCUUUAAAAGUAAAAGUCCUCCUCCCUCAACAAGAAAGUUCAGGUUACAAACCUCCAGCAGUACAAUCUUCCUGCAUCCACAUGUCAGAAUUUUCAAUAAUAAUAAUAUUCAUAAUAAGAAGAAUUAAAGCUUGCAUCAGAGGGAGAAAGGGACACCCUAACCCAAGUUUUAAAGGGGAUAUAAUCCAGCAGCCUUGAAUGGGGGUGGGGGUCAGUGAGGCCAGGAUGAGCAAGGAAGGGGGUGGGGAACCCAACCUCUAACUAACAAUUUCUCCAGCAUAAAAAUGAAACAUCAAAUUCGUUAGCCCAGGGCCUUCAUUUUUCCCCUUCCACAUUAUAACUAGUUAUUGAACUCGCUGGAAGAUCUAAAGGCCAUUUGCGAAGAGACAAAUUUCAAUGGAGUUUCCCCAUCAAUAACCCCAUGGCAGUGACCUAUUGGAACAAGUCAAACACCCGAGGUGAAAUGCAGGUCACUCUGUCUAACCAAUAUUAAAAUGCGGCCACUUUUUAAAAAGCCACUUUAAACGAGAUUUGAGGAAAAUUGAAUUCCAAGGAAGGCAAGGCAAGGCGGAGGGAAAUCCACGAGAGGACCUUGCCUAUGGUCCCCGAACAAACAAGAGAAAUUCAUCUUUAAUAUUUUAAAGGGGGCAAAUUAACAUUCCAUGAUUGCUUUUUUUUUGAGACUAUAAGCGAUUCCAGGAGGAAAAAAAAGGUUGAGUAUUUUCUUGUGACACAUCCGGGUUAUUAAAAUCAUUUUAGACUAAUUCAUUACUUUUACUGACAAGAGAUUUAAGAAAAAAUCAAUUAAGCAUUUGCAUAUUCUUUUGCAUACAUUAGCCCUGCCUGCUGGCAUUAGAAAGGGACAAAAACACACAUAUAUCCACUUGGCUUGCACACACACACACACACACACACACACACACAAAAGAAAAAAAAAUAGGAUAAGAGUCUUGAUUUAGUCUGAGGUUUUUAAGUUGCCAAGAGAAAAAAAUCAAAAUGAAAUGAAUUGCCUGAUUGCAUAUCAUCUAAAAGUCAACUUAUUUGAGGAAAAGGAAAGAGACAUGUUGCAAUUUUAAUCCUAAAACAACAACACACAUACCCACAAAAAAAAAAAACCACCCUGCACUUCAAAGAGUGGGAAAGGGAAUGACAGUCGUUUUCCUUUCCUUUGCUCUCCAAAUCCUGAAUUGGUUCUCCCGUUUAUUUUUCUCCCUCACAAAAUCCAAGGAAAGGUGAGAUUUUAAUGCAGCACAGAAUCUGUGGAGUUGCUGAGCUCUCUCAGCCAGCAGCUUGUUACUGGGGAGGGGAGGAAUAUGGGUUAUCCAACGGUCAGUAUGGUAAUCCAGGCACAAUAAGGCCUCACACACAAUGGACACAUAUUUUUCUUCAGUGGUGUCAGAAGGGAAGCGCUUUGUACUGAAACAUGUUUCCAAAAGAGAAACCAGAUCGAAAUUUAGAAAGGAGAUGGGGUGGGGUGAAAGUGUGCAGAGAGCAUUUGGAUGCUGGCAAAAGGUGGUCAGAAAAAAUAAAAAAUAAAAUUGGGGCAAAGGUGGAGGGCAGAACAGAGGUGGAGGUCCUUGGGCUGGCAAGGCAGGAGGCAGGAAGGCGAAGCACAAAAGAUGACAGGACCAGAUACAAGGAUUCAUCACAGGCUAGAGCCGCUUAGUACCCCCCUUCUCAUCCCAAUUAAGCCAUUGCUAAGUGCAGAAGCCCUCUGAAAGCAUUUAUUUCUGUGCUUGUUAUAAUAUCCAGGUGAAAACGUUCACAUGUAUGUGUAUGGUAUUUUACCCAUGUGAUAGGCGACUUCCAUGCUAUUAAGCUAUAGGAGCCCAAAGGGAGUUGUUUUUUAUUUUGUUUUUGUAAAUGAUGUGGAUGAGUGUGGGUGCAUUUGGGGGAAUCUCGGAGAUUUCACUUUCUGGAUGUGCAUGUUGAAUUAGCUGUACAAACCUAGAAUGAGAAUGUCACAUAUUUAUGGCUGCAUAAGGAGGCAUUUAAUAUAUUAAUAAAUAUUAAUAGUAUGUAUGCAUAUAUAUUUAACCAUAAUAACCAAAGACAGACUUGACAUUCAGUUGGAGGUGUCUGAACCCUCUGUGGUCUCCUCACUCAUACUGGCUCAAGUGAGUCUACUCAACCCACCUGCAGGAGCUCAGAAACCUGGGGGUAGGGGUUUGAUGGGAAGGACUCCCUAACAAGUUCAGGAAGGUAAAAAUUGAAGAAAAGAGGGUUGAGGUGGAGACAGGGUUGGUAGAAGGUGAUUGUGAAGGCUGGGAGGUGGGGAGCUGCCGACAGUUCACCUUUCCAGGUGGAGCAAGAGAAUAUUCAUAGCUGGGAGGGAGUGGGACAAUGGCAACCAGGUGCAGGCCUAGAAGGGAGACUGGGGGUGGGGCCAGAAGCCUUUCUCCCCCAUUAUCAACCCUCCCCCCACCCUACCAGAGCCCUCCCCAUGGGCCAGUCUGGGGCUAUAGUUCAGAUAUCAGGAUUCAGCAUUGGUUUCCCUUUGCCCUCUUACAGCAAUUUAUAAUGAAUCCACUCCCACCACCAGUAAUUAAAAAAAAGAAACACACGAUUCCAAACCACUACCAAGAAAGCAGCAGCUCACCCCCUCACCCCCUCACUCAGGGUCUAAAGUUCCUCUUCCAAUCAAACCAGCCAGAAUCAAACACAGAGGGUCCGGGACAGGAGUUAGGAGGGUUCUCAACCAACUCUGGGAAUUUGGGGAUCUCCCAUGGGAGAUGGUCGACCUCCAGGGAACCCCUGUUCCUUGUAGCAGCCCGGUGACAGUGGGGGUGGGGCACUGCCCUCUUGGGGAGAGGGUAUCCAGGGACCCCCAAACACCAGCUCCUGAGCGGCUAAGCCCUAGCCCUGCGGGGGUCAACCCCCAGACCUCCAGAAAUGACGUCAGAAUCAUUUGCAUCCCGCUGCCUCUACCUGCCUGGUCCAGCUGGGACCCUGCCUCGCCGGCCCCAUGGCCAGAGGGUUGGGUGAGUGUAUAUGGGGAAGGGGGGCUGGACUCUGGUAUCCUUGGAUGGGGGGCACCCCAGGCUCUCCAGCCUCCUCGGCUCAGCCUGGGCCCCUCCCCAUCCAACCUCCACUCCAGUCCUCAUUCAACUUCCUCUUCCUGCGAAAGAGGGGCGCUGCCCAGUGACCUACACAGACUGAGACACAAUCGCCAUGAAUGGAGACCUCUGGAAAAACCCAGGAGCCGAGAUCCACGGGGCCCACCAGAGGCCUGAGGGAAGACCCUGGGCAGGGGCUGAAUCACACAGCCUCACGACAGCCCCCCAAUGCCCAGUCUUUGGAGGGGAGCUGGGAGCUGCCCGUCUCCUUUUGCAGGGAGGGUUGUCAGUCUGGCGGGAUGUGCACGGGGGCAUCCCAGCCCCUGCCAGCCAACCCCACAUCACCACCACCCUCAGCACCACCACCACCACACACAAAAAAAAAUUGGAUACAUUUUGAAUAAAGCGAUUCGGUUCCUUAUCCGGGGACUGGGUUGCUCCGUGUGAUUGGCCGGCGGAGUCACAUGGUGAAAGUAACUUUACAGGGUCGCUAGCUAGUAGGAGGGCUUUAUGGAGCAGAAAAACGACAAAGCGAGAAAAAUUAUUUUCCACUCCAGAAAUUAAUGAUCAUGAGCUCGUAUUUGAUGGACUCUAACUACAUCGAUCCGAAAUUUCCUCCAUGCGAAGAAUAUUCGCAAAAUAGCUACAUCCCUGAACACAGUCCGGAAUAUUACGGCCGGACCAGGGAAUCGGGAUUCCAGCAUCACCACCAGGAGCUGUACCCACCACCGCCUCCGCGCCCUAGCUACCCUGAGCGCCAGUAUAGCUGCACCAGUCUCCAGGGGCCGGGCAAUUCGCGAGGCCACGGGCCGGCCCAGGCGGGCCACCACCACCCCGAGAAAUCACAGCCGCUCUGCGAGCCGGCGCCUCUCUCAGGCGCCUCCGCCUCCCCGUCCCCAGCCCCGCCAGCCUGCAGCCAGCCAGCCCCCGACCAUCCCUCCAGCGCCGCCAGCAAGCAACCCAUAGUCUACCCAUGGAUGAAAAAAAUUCACGUUAGCACGGUGAACCCCAAUUAUAACGGAGGGGAACCCAAGCGCUCGAGGACAGCCUACACCCGGCAGCAAGUCCUGGAAUUAGAGAAAGAGUUUCAUUACAACCGCUACCUGACCCGAAGGAGAAGGAUCGAGAUCGCCCACUCGCUGUGCCUCUCUGAGAGGCAGAUCAAAAUCUGGUUCCAAAACCGUCGCAUGAAAUGGAAGAAGGACCACCGACUCCCCAACACCAAAGUCAGGUCAGCGCCCCCGGCCGGCGCUGCACCCAGCACCCUCUCGGCAGCCACCCCGGGCACUUCUGAAGACCACUCCCAGAGCGCCACGCCGCCGGAGCAGCAACGGGCAGAGGACAUUACCAGGUUAUAAAACAUAACUCACACCCCUGCCCCCACCCCAUGCCGCCACCCUCCCCUCACACACAAAUUGACUCUUAUUUAUAGAAUUUAAUAUAUAUAUAUUUUUUGGUUCUUUUUCUCUUCCUACCACCUUGUCCCUUGUCAAUUCCAAACAGACAAAACAGAUAAACAAACAAGCCCCCUGCCCUCCUCUCCCUUCCACUGUUAAGGACCCUUUUAAGCAUGUGAUGUUGUCUUAGCAUGGUACCUGCUGGGUUUUUUUUUAAGGCCAUUUGGGGGGGUUAUUUAUUUUUUAAGAAAAAAAGCUGCAAAAAUUAUAUAUUGCAAGGUGUGAUGGUCUGGUUUGGGUGGAUUUCAGGGGAAAUGAGGAAAAGAAAAAAGGAAAGAGAUUUUUAAGCCAAUUCUCAUCCUUCUUCUCCUCCUCCUUCCCCCCCUCUUUCCUUAGGCCUUUUGCAUUGAAAAUGCACCAGGGGAGGUUAGUGAGGGGGAAGUCAUUUUAAGGAGAACAAAGCUAUGAAGUUCUUUUGUAUUAUUGUGGGGGGGUGGGAGGAGAGGGGGCAAAGACAGCAGACAAAGCUAAAUGCAUCUGGAGAGCCUCUCAGAGCUGUUCAGUUUGAGGAGCCAAAAGAAAAUCAAAAUGAACUUUCAGUUCAGAGAGGCAGUCUAUAGGUAGAAUAUCCCUACCCCCCCCCAUCGUGGUUAUUGUGUUUUUGGACUGAAUUUACUUGAUUAUUGUAAAACUUGCAAUAAAGAAUUUUAGUGUCGAUGUGAAAUGCCCCGUGAUCAAUAAUAAACCAGUGGAUGUGAAUUAGUUUUA